AAGAAGAAGAAGAUGAACAGCGUGAAGAAGGUGGAGAAGUAUGUGGACUCCAUCAUGGUGGAGGACCUGGACGGGCACGGGGGCCGCGUGACGCCCGUGUUCGUCGGGGAGGAAGACUUCUCGCCUGAUGAGUUCGUCCAGAAGAGAAAAGAUCUUCUCAGAAGGCGACCUAAAAACUACAUGGAAGGAGACGAGGAAGUCAUCGCCUUCGACUUCUCGUCACCAGAGCCAUCCACGUCUCAGCUCUCGCCGGUACAAGCUGAGAUGUUGAUGCUGGAGGACAGGAGGAAGCUCGCUCUCAAGAGGAAGGACGAAAAGAGAACAGCGAUGAGACUUGAAGGAAUCGAAGAGGAGUCACCGGAUCGCAGCGUGAGUCAGAGUCAAGACCAACAACAACAACAACAACAACAGACUGUCCUCUCGCCAGAAGAAUAUGAAGAUUACAUCGGAGACGCUGUCGAGAAGGAUUAUCCCGAGUUAGCAGGAAGAAUAGAAGGUGUCUCUUCUCAGCAGGAGCAACAGGAAGAGAUGCAGCAAGUACUGUACGAAGAGCAACAGUUGCGUGAACAGCAGCUACAGCAGGAACAGCAGCUACAGCAGGAACAGCAGCUACAGCAGGAACAGCAGCAGCAACAACAACAACAGUACGAGCUGCAGCAACCACAACCAACUGGCCCUCUUUCAGGUUCGGCUUCGAUGAACUUCAUGGACGAUCACAGCCCGACGAGCAAUGGUAACGGAGAUUAUUAUCAUCGAUGUGUUGCAAAGUACCCCAGAGACCCCCCUAGACAAGCCUGUGGUAGUUUUAGUGUAGAAGCUAACAGCUUUUUGACUAGUGAAGUGGAUAGUAGAUACAACUUGUGUAGAAAUGCUCCCGAAACCAAUUUGCUAAACAAUAACGAGAGCAUUAAUAGUUUUGCUAGCCAUUUUAGGACUAGUUGUGUUGCGAGUUAUGUGAGUGGUGAUAGGAAACCCAAAAGAACUACAAGUGUUAGCAGUUCGACUAGUGCCUCUGCCACAGAAUCAAGAAACAAUAGUACAAGUGCUUCAGAACACAGUAGUAUGUCUAUAAGUACUGGUAGUGUGUGUAGUAACGUAUCGAAUGUCAACAAAAACAGAUCAAACCUUUUUUUACCGACGAGUACAACGAGCUUACCUGAGAUCUCAAUAGAGCCCCCGACUCCUCAAGCCCCUAAACCUAAAGAUGGCUUUGAUCGUGAGAACAAAGUCAAGUAUGACCUUAGAGUGCCUGGCUAUAGAAGUAUGUUCCUGACUGUACCUGGUUUUGAUGAUGAUGAUUGUGACAGAUAUCUUCCUAAAUAUUCUUUUGAUAGUGAUGAUGAAGACGAGAGUAGUAGUGAAGAUGAUGAUGAUGUUGUUCAUAAACCCAGAGUGUUCGCCUCCUUGGCAGAUGUAGCGGAGAGUCGCGGCCUGAAGCGUUAUGGCAGCAGCUGUGACAUCGCCAAGUUCGGGAUGAACGAGACGGAGGAGCCGAUUUACUCCCACGAAGAUGACCUUAACGCUAAUUUCGACGCCAACGCUUGUAAGUCGAAAGUUGGGGGGACAGGUUCGGGGCCUUUCGUGGCGGGGAAACUGGCGAUGUUCGAGAAGGUUGUAGAGGAAGAGCACCAGAAGUUCAUCGAGUGUCAGGAGGUCCGAAAACGCAUCUUCAGGGCCCCGAAGAAGAGCGGUGAAUACAUCGAGAAGUUCUACAACCCGAAGGUGGUCGAGACGAUAGACGCUCGAGCUAAUGUCAGGGGCAGGAACUUGAGGUACUAUGACGACGAGUACGACGCCUUCAACAACCGCAAGACCCCGACACCUACUGAGAUGAUGACCCCUUAUGGCGGAUACCCCAGUCCCCAGGUGACCUCCAAGUACACACCAUACAACUCUCCCAGGACCCCCACACCCACCCCCACUUACGACUCUCCUAGGACCCCCACACCUGCCCCUACUUACGACUCUCCUAGGACCCCCACACCUGCCCCUACUUACGACUCUCCUAGGACCCCCACACCUCCCACCUCUUCUUACCAGUAUCCCGUAACUUCCACACCCCCCACACACAACUACGGUACUUCUUCCUACAGCAACGAUGAUUUUGACUUUGACGCUUACGAGUACGUGGGAGAGCGUCCUCGAUCACAAACAUCCGCCGCUGACAAGACAGAAACUCGCCAGUGCUCGCCAUUACCGCAACCAACCGUAGACAACGACACUAAUUACUGGAGGUCGACGGAAUGCAGUGACUACGGUCGAUCGGAAGUGACGUCUCCUGGUCCCAGCACUUCCGCUCAACCUUCCAGCUCAAGGAAAAUGCUCGACCAGCGCACAGAUGAGGUGCUGGAGCUGCUAGACAACAGUUACCUGGACAUGGGGCCUGACGGUGCAGGCCCCAGCCACGAGAGCCACGGCGCCCCCUGGCAGGAUGAAUGCGCUGGUAGAGGCCCCGUCGCAGGUUACAGCGGAUACGAAACCCCAGAACUACCUGAGACGGAUCCACUGGAUGAUAUCUUUGAGAUUGAGGAUUACGACAGCUUGGGCUCGAUGACAUCCAUUGGUGGACGCCACAAGAGGAAGGCGGCAGCACCACCACCUCCUACGUCAGGCAACAACAACAACAUGGCCAGCACCUCGACAGACACCAAGAGAGGGGGUCCAGGGGGGUUCUUCGCUAGAGCUAGGAGAGAGAAGGAUAAGGAUAAAGACAAAGAUAAAGAGAAGAAGGAUAAGAAGAAGGAUAAGGACAAGGAGAAGGAGAAAAAGGAUUUCUUUAAGAAGAAAGAGAAAGACAAAGAGAGAGACCCGGAUAAAACAGCAGGAAAGAGGUUCCAGCUUUUUGGAGGAGCUAAAAAGACGAGUGAGCCAAACACUACUGACGAGGCCUCCGCUAAGUCGCCGAAGAAGGACAAGGCAACUAAACGCCGCUUCUUCGGUCGAGGGAAGGAGAACUUUAUUGGUCGCUCGCCACACAUCUCCCACGAGUCGGACCCACAGGUCGCGAGGAUGGCGGGCGACUCGUUUGAGCAAGAGUCGAUCGAUCUGGAGGGUGACACGGAGGUGCUGUAGGCCCUCGGAGGGAUGACUGUCGGAGAUCGAGGAGCUGAGAGAGGGACGAGGGAGCUACUUUUCUGUGACAAGUCUCUGCAGUGGAAGAGGAGAGCAGACUACAUCCACUUUUGUUGUGGAAGAGGAAGAAAAAGGACACGAUUUUCUGUUCGAUGAAAGAAGAGAAGCUACGUCAUCUGUUGUGAGAAGAGACCACAUGACGUCACUAACACGUCACAACUGUUCACUCUGUACAUCUUGUUGUCGUUUGUGAUCCAAUACAGUAUUACGGAUAUGGAUACUACUAGUGGAUAAUUCUCUUCUCAUAUUUCCAUCUUUAUCCACAUCAGUAAUCCGCAUGUGUAGUAAGGCAAUCAACUUUUCAAUUGGUUUAUAUUUCCGACAACUUGAGUGUCGUCGCAGCUUCAGUCAAUUUCUUUUAUCGUAUUCUAUCGGGUGUUUCAACCUGUAGACGAUAAUUGUCAACAGUUACGGGUGAUUAAGCUGUUAUCCGUCAAUCGUCAUAAGGUCUAGUCAUUGUUAAAUAUAUACUUCAAACGUAAACCUUAUUGACAGUGUGAUGUAGGAAUCUUACCGCCAGGAGGACUCCACUAACCCGGCCCAUGACCGUCACCUUUAUAUUCACGCGAUACAGUUUGUUGUGUUUGGUUCUCGCGAGGGAGCUCUCAAGUCCCGCUCGGUACAACCAGUAAUCUUGCAAGUUGAGUCAUUUUUAAUGUUAAUAUCAUUAAUAUAUAAUAAAGUCUAUUGACCUUAUAAUAUUAAAGUAGUGAGUAGCUUCACAUGAUCCAUUUUGUCGACAUAUUUUCAUAUAUCGUUGUUAAGGUAAUCCCACUUGUAAACUUGUACAUAUUUUUUGCAUUUGCUUGAGGUGACCUUUUGUGCAGCUCACGACUUGAUGUGUGAGGGCGAGAGGAGCCGAGGCCACACUUGCUCUCCGUGAAGACAAGUGUUCUGGAGCGAGAGGUUUAGUGGUCAGGUCUUUCUGGCCACACAUGCAUAUAUUUAUAUAUUUAACUAAACUUUGUAAGGUGUUGACACUGUUAAGUGUGUGUAGUUGAUGACACUUUUCACCUUUUUUGUCCAUUAUAUGUUAAUCAACGUUGUGUUCUUACCUGACCCCACCCCCUCCAGGUGACCCACUACCAUGACCCAUGUUCAUUAUACAUGAUAAUCAAUGACAAGUUUAAUACAUGAGUUUGUUACUUAUCAUCUUUCUCUCUCUGAUUAUUAUUAUCCUCACCUGUAGUGUCUACAUACAGUAAUUUUUUGUGCCACAUGUCAGCUGGUUCAGGUAGUGGUGUGUUUAUAAGAUGACGUCACACCAUGUUCAUUGUUUACCUCUGACGUCACGCUCAGCUGGCCCGGGUCACCACAGCAACACUCACGUCAAACAUAAUAAAAGCAUUUUCUAUCAGCACUUUUUCCACUGUUCUGAUUUAUUGUCAUGAUCAAUAAAUAUCCUGAAGCCACGACCUGUUA